UUCCUCUGUAAGGCCCCGGUGUCUCUUCUCGGUCCGUGUCGCCCGGUGACUCGCAGGUACUGCAAGAUCUGUAAGGAGGAUGCCGGGGCGACACGGAAGGCAGGAAACGGAACUAUUGACAUUCAGGGAUGUGGGCAUAGAAUUCUCUCCAGAGGAGUGGGAAUACCUGGACCCUGCUCAGCGGCAUUUGUAUAGGGAUGUGAUGUCAGAGAUCUCCAGACACCUGGACUUUGUAGCACUGCAUAGUAAAGGAAGCAAUAACCAGUCUUUUGAAAGCCCCAAAGAAACCCAAGACUUUGGAUAUGAGAUUGGAUUACGUGUUCAGUCAAAUAUUUCUGAAGACCAGAGACUUAAAAGCGAAGAGGAUAUUUCUAAAUGUGAUCAAUUUGAUGAGUCCUUCAUUAAAACUUUAUUAUCCUUCCAUCAACAAAUAUUAUCAUCAGAUGCCAAAAUGUACAAAUGUGAUCAGUAUGGCAAGGUGUUUACCCAAUUACCACUGCUUAAUCAACAUCAAGAAAUAAAUAAUUGGAAGAAACAUUACAUAUUUAAUAAAACCUUGAUGUUUUUUAUCCAGAGCUUUACCCUAAAUAAUUACCAAGAUACUGCUAUUGAUAUGAGAAAUUAUCAACCUAAAAAAUUUGUAAACCCCAUCUCUUGCUCUAGAAAAUAUUGGAAAGCUCAAUAUCCAGAAAUCCAGUACAAAUGUGAAAAAUGUGAGAAAGUCUUUCACCAGUGUUUAAAGCUUAUUAGCUAUGAGGAUAUCCAUGCUCAAGAAUUUUCCUAUAAAUGUAAUAAACAGGUUGAAGCUUUUUCCCAGUCAGGUAAUCAUUGUCAAAAUGAUGGGAUUCAUACAGGAGAAAAAUCAUACAGACAUAAUAAAUGUGAGAAGGUCUUUAGUCGGUCAUCCAAUCUAAGAAUACGCAAUAUAAAGCGUGCUAAAAAAAGGCUCUACAAAUGUAAAGAAUGUGGCAAAAUCUUUAACCUUAAUUCACUCCUUACUCAACAUUUGAGAAUUCACACUGGAGAGAAACCCUACAAAUGUAAAGAAUGUGGUAAAGCCUUUAGUCAGAUUGCACAUCUUAGACAACAUGAGGUUCUUCAUAGUGGAGAGAAACCCUAUAAAUGUAAAGAAUGUGGUAAGGCCUUUAGUCAGAUUGCACAUCUUAGACAACAUGAGAGAAUUCAUACUGGGGAGAAACCCUAUAAAUGUGAAGAAUGUGGCAAAUUCUUUACUCAGUCUUCAAGUCUUAGACAACAUGAGAUACUUCAUACUGGAGUGAUACCCUACAAAUGUGAAGAAUGUGGCAAAGCCUUUAAGUAUCAUUCAAGGUUUAUUCAGCAUCAAAGAAUUCAUACAGGAGAGAAACCCUACAAGUGUAAAGAAUGUGGUAAAGCCUUUACUCAGAUUGCACAUCUUAGAACACAUGAGAAAAUUCAUACUACCGAAAAUGCAUACAAAUGUGAAGAAUGUGGCAAAGGCUUUAACUAUCAUUCAAGGUUUAUUCAGCAUCAACGAAUUCAUACAGGAGAGAAACCCUACAAAUGUAAAGAAUGUGGUAAAGCCUUUACACGGAUUGCACAUCUUAGAACACAUCAGUUAAUACAUACUGGAGAGAAGCCCUACAAAUGUAAGGAAUGUGACAUAUCUUUUACUCAGUCUUCACAUCUUAGACAACAUGAAAUACUUCAUACUGGAGAGAUACCCUACAAAUGUGAAGAAUGUGGCAAAGCCUUUAAGUAUCAUUCAAUGUUUAUUCAACAUCAAAGAAUUCAUACAGGAGAGAAACCCUAUAAAUGUAAAGAAUGUGGUAAAGCGUUUACUCAAAUUGGACAUCUUCGAUCACAUGAGUCAAUUCAUACUGGAGAGAAACCCUACAAAUGUGAACAAUGUGGCAAAGCCUUUAUCUAUCGUUCAAAGUUUAUUCAACAUCAAAGAGUUCAUACAGGUGAGAAACCGUACAAAUGUAAAGAAUGUGGUAAAGCUUUCACUCGUGUUGCAAAUCUUAGAACGCAUAGGUUAAUUCAUACUGGAGAAAAACCCUACAAAUGUAAAGAAUGUGGUAAAGCCUUUACUCAGCUUCCCCAUUUUAGAACACAUAAGACAAUUCAUAAUAGAGAGAACCCGUACAAUUGUGAAGAGUGUGGCAAAGCCUUUAACUAUCGUUCACACUUUAUUCAACAUCAAAGAAUUCAUACUGGAGAGAAACCCUACAAAUGUAAAAAGUGUGGUAAAGCCUUUACUCAGCUUGCACAUCUUAGAACACAUGAGACUAUUCAUACUAGAGGGAAACCAUACAAAUGUAAAGAAUGUGGCAUAUUCUUUCCCAAAUCUUCAAAGCUUAGACAACAUCAGAAAAUGCAUAAUAAAAAGAAGCCCUACAAAUAUAAAUAAUGUGGCCAAUUUUUUACCUGCACAGCAAGCUUUAGAAAACAUCAGUUAGUUCAUACUGUAUAGAAACACAUACAAAUGUAAAGAAUGUGGUAAAGCCUUUAUUUACUUUUCUAGAUCUUAGACAACAUGGGAGAAUUUUUACUGGAGAGAAAUUACACAAAUAUUAAGAAGGUGGCAUAUCCUUUACCUAGUCUUCAAGACUUAGACAACCUCAGAAAAUUCAUAAAUUUUCUGGAGAGAAACCCUACAAAUAUGAGGAAUGGGACUAAAUAUUUAGCUAUAGUUAAUGCCUUACUUAGUAUCAAACAAUUUAUACUACAGAAACCCUAUAGAUGUAAUAUAUGUGAAAAGGGUUUUAUCCCAAAUACACAACUUAGAAAUCACCAGAGUUUAUAGAGAAUGAAAAUUAACAGGUGAAAUAAAUAUGCAGAAUUAUUUAAUCAAAACUUAAGUCUCAGUGCGUCAGGGAAUUCACACAAUUAAAAACUCCAGUACACUUUCAGAUUUUACAGUAACCCAGAGUAUUUCUUGUGGAAGUGUAGAGAACAAUGUGAGGCAGAGCAGAUAGAUAAUUUAUCUGAUGGUAUUUUACAAAAUAUGAAGAACAUUGAUUAUAAUUCUGCCAUAUGGGUACUUUAUAUUGAUUAUAUUUGAAAUUCUUUAAAAGCAAAUAUUGGUGCAAUUUAAAUUUCAAAUAUGUUGAUGCUAUACCUUCAGCCUUAAUGUUUAUGUGAUAUGUGAUCUAUUGUUUCUGCAUCAAUUCUGUGAGCGGCCAUUCAAUGUUAUGUGACUGUGAUUUUCCAUUUCUCCCUGAAAGCUUAAUGGAGAAUGUAAAAUACUUUAUAAAACUCUAA